AUGAAUGGAAAUAAAGAAGGCGAGCGGAGCCGCGGGCGCGGGCCGAUUCAGGUGCAACGCACGCGGCUCACGCGCACCGUUGCCUUUGCCAACGGCGAGCGCGAGCAGUGCCGUCGCGCGCGCCGCCUUGCCCACGCGCACGCCAAAUCUGCGUUUCGCGAUACAUAUUCGCACAAAUGCAAACUGCUUCCCAUUUUCAAACAAAAUCCUUUCAUAGCAAAGCUCGGUCGCUCUAUAAAUAACGCCAACCGGUUGGAUAGUAGCAGUACCUCCACGUCAUCAGGGAGUUCCGACCUACGGGUAUCCGAAGCCGUUGAGCUCACGGACUCCGCUAAUACGGCGCAGAUAUUGGCCCAAGUACAAAACUCUGACAGAGCAAGGUUUUCGGAUACAAGCUGGCAAAUUCAUCGCAAUUGGACGCGGAAUGGAGAUCCGUUACCUGGUUCACCGACAGCAUCGCGCUCGCUGCCAGCUCCGGUCACUGCUCCGCCACCAGUGCCGCCGUCGUCCGCAGCCGCUACCUUACGUUCAGAACAGAACGGCAUUUAUGACACGAUCACGACUCGAGCCGUAAGUGCGCCGGCCACUCCAGCCUCAGCCACGUUUUUAAGGGAACAGAGUGGUUCCCGGUCAGCAAGUUACCCCGGCGGUAGUGGCACGAGAUUGGAUCUUUGCUAUGUAGCCGAACGUAUGUUAGCGUUACACCUACCUGAACGAGAUGCACAUGCAGAAGCUCAAGCAGCGCAUAUGCUCACCAACAAACAUGGAGAACAUUUCAUGGUGUUUGAAGUAAGCGGGGGUGAAAGUGAUGGUGGUCGUCUAGCACGUGAAGUGUUCGGCCGCGCCCGGUCACUUGGUUGGGCUGGAGAGUUAGCGCCGCCACUAGAACGACUCUGUGCAGCCUGCAAACACAUAGAGAGCUGGCUAGCGGCACACCCAAAGAAUGUUGCCAUAUUACUAGCUUGGGGCAAUCGAGAACGUCUGGGCGUGUUGGUAGCGGCGUACAUGCACUACUCAGCAAUAUGCGGCGCGCCAGAACAUGCGCUUGACAGAUAUGCGAUGAGGAGAUACCUUGAUGAUAGAGUACCUAUUUUCCAACUACCCUCUAAUAAACGGUAUAUUGACACGUUUGCGGGACUUCUUGCUGGCCAGAUCAGAGUAAACGCUGCACCUUUGCAUCUAACGCAUGUUAGCGUAGCUGGCUCGCUCGCUUCUACGGCCACACCGACCAUCGCCUUUCUUAAGAUAUACGAAAACUUUGUCUGUGUUUAUACAUCAGGAUUGUACAUGGUAAACGGAGGUGGCUGGACGGUGGGAGUUGGACGUCUGGCGUUACGGGGUGACGUGUUGGUGCGCGCGUACCGGCGCCCAGCAAACUCGCACCCCGCGCGGCGCCAUCUAGUGUUCGCUUGUCAGUUCCAUACCUGCGCUGUGGCCGAUCACACGCUGUCCUUCACUAAGCAGCAACUAGAUCAUGCUGUGCACGAUCCAUCAUUCCCAAGCGAUGGUGCUGUGGAGCUAGUAUUUGCUCGCGGCACAGGGGGUGGUGCAGCGCCAGCACCUGCGCCUACACCUGCAGCGCCCUUACGAGCCGCACCAGAUGCUCUUGCGCGAGCUGACUCUCUCGAACAUCUGCGGCCACUGUCCACGCUCACCGAUGACGACCCUGGUGAAAACAACGGCAGCGCAGAGGGUUCAGGUUCGGGAGGAGAGGCUGGAGAAGGGGGCGAGGCUGCGCAUACCUUUGGUCCUCUAGACGGAUCUAUCUACGCAACAGUAGUGCGUGCGGGCGGCGGCGGGCCCUCCUCGCCGCUCAGCGCGUCCAUGGACUCGGGCAUUUCUUCGGCGGGGCGCCGCGCAGCUCCUAGCCCGCCAGACGAGCUCGACGCGUUGCUGGGUGAUAUGCUUCGAACAGUAAGCGCGCUGCCCGAUCCACCGCCGGCGCCGCUCACGCCGCAACCGCAGUCGCACGCUGACCGACCUCCCGACAUACCGUAUCACGCGCGCGCUGACUCCGCGCCCUUCACCUACGGAGCGCCCGGCCUGCGCCCAGGCAUGUUGCGCGCGUCAAACCGCCUGGCCAGCCCAGAGCUGGUACGCCGUGCAUUAGGCACUGAUCGUAACUAUCGCCCUAUUGAAGAUGAUGACGACGAGCGCACCGUUACCCCGGAGGCGCCUUCACCUCGUACGCAAACACCUCUCUCUCCGCGCACGCUUCGGAAGCUUACUCACGAAGAUGUGACAACCACCACGACUGCGAUGCCUGCUCCCUCUUCUCCAGUACGAAAUGGCCGAUGGUUGAACGGGGAAGUGGAAUGGGCCGAACGACCUGCAAGUAGUGCCCAGAAAACUCCACCUGAGAAUGGUACAUGGAGAUCAGCAAGUUCCAUGGGAUGGCAAGAAAGUGUGCGUGCGAGAGAGCCUCGGCGCUCUGAAAGCAGCGUGGAAAGUAGCUCAGGGCUGACAUGGCUCCAGCGACAGCAACAGAAACUACGUGAGAGAAAAGAAGCCAGGGAGAGAGUCGCUCGACUACCGCUCGAGUGGGAUACUGCACCUUCCCGGCAUGUGCGUCGUUCAGCUAGCCACAGAGUGGAUGGCUAUACUAGUGACACGACAGCGUUCGCUGAUGACGAUGACGACUUCAGUGUUCCGCUCCACGUGAAUACGCGCACAACUCUUAGGACUGACCAUAUUAGUCCACAGGCUCCAGACAGAACCUCAUCUAGAAAAUUCAUGUAUGAAAAGAUGACGAUGCGCGAGUGGAGUUCAGCGUCUACACCGACGAACACUCCUGCGCCUGGAUUACUGUCACUUGCGGAGCCUGUCAGCACAGACACUGUUGAUCGCGCGGAGACCUGGUCUCGAGCCGAGUCCCGGACCGAAUCCCGAGCAGGUACGCCUGCAUUCCCGACGCAUCCCCGAACACCUUAUCCACCAACGCCGACCCCCUCAUUUAGUGCGCGUCCACCGCGCUCGCCGUCAGUGACUAGGAAAGAACGCGAAGUAAGCCCUGAGUCAGAAUACCGCACCUUCAAUGGCUCAGGUAGUCUGGGGUCUCGGCGGUCCAGCGUCAGCGGCAGCGCUGAGCCACAGCAUGUAGCGCCCGACCGCGUACGCUUCGCACGCGAUACCAGCCACUAUUGGUACAAACCCAACAUCUCCAGAGACGAUGCGGUAUCAACUUUACUGCAACUGGAAGAGGGAGCAUUCAUAGUCCGCGACUCGAACUCAUUCCCGGGUGCAUUUGGCCUAGCGGUGCGAGCGGGAGGAGCUGGUGGCGUGAGGCAUUUCCUUAUAGAGCCUACAGCGAGAGGUGUCCGACUACGCGGAUGUCCUGAUGAACCAGUGUUCAGUUCGCUUUCUGCACUCGUAUACCAGCACACUGUGACGCCUUUAGCUCUACCGGUGCCGUUAAAAUUACCUGACAGAGACCCGUGGUCGGGCGGGGGCGCGCAGGCGGCGGCGCGCGCCCUGCUGUCGAGCGGCGCGGCGUGCCACGUGUUGCUGCUCGGCUCCGAGAACACUGAAGCUCUCACUGGACCCGCGGCUGUCAAGAGGGCUGUUACCAACAUUCUAAACAAAAAGAGUGCUGCCCACGUGGUCCAUUUUAAGGUGUUCGGUGGUGGUAUCACAUUGACGGACGCGGCCCGCAAGUUAUUCUUCAGACGUCAUUAUCCUGCGUCUGGGAUAUCGUACGCGGGGAUAGACCCUGACGAGAGGCGGUACACGUAUCUUGAUAACAACACGCAGAUUGAAAAACGAGUGUUCGCUUUCGUGGCUCGAGCUUCAUCAGGGGCCGACAACCAAUGCCACGUGUUUGCUGAACUUGAGCCCGAACAACCAGCCACUGCCAUUGUUAACUUUGUCAAUAAGGCACUUCUUGGAAACUCCCAGAAAAGAGACAUAAUAUAA